AUGGCUCCUCGUGUGAUUGUCGUCGGUGGUGGCCUGUCUGGCCUGAGCGCUGCUCACACCAUCUACCUGGCAGGUGGCAACGUCGUUGUCCUGGAUAAGCAGGGUUUCUUCGGAGGAAACUCCACCAAAGCCACAUCCGGUAUCAACGGUGCCUUGACAAGAACACAGGUCGAGCACGGUAUUCCCGACAGUGUCAAGCAGUUCUACGACGAUACCCUCAAGUCAGCCCGUGACAAGGCUCGCCCCGAUCUCAUCAAGGUCCUUACCUACAAGUCUGCUGCUGCUGUUGAGUGGCUCCAGGACGUGUUUGACCUCGACCUCACUCUCGUCUCCCGUCUCGGUGGUCACUCGCAGCCCCGAACCCACCGUGGUCAUGAUGCCAAGUUCCCUGGUAUGGCCAUCACCUACGCCCUCAUGCAGCGCAUCGAAGAGCUUUCCGAGACCGAGCCUCACCGAGUCACGAUCAUCAAGAAGGCUCGCGUCACCAAUCUGAACAAGGAUGGCAACAACAUCACUGGUGUCACCUACGAGGCCGACGGCCAGACUGCCUCUCUCGACGGCCCUGUUGUUCUGGCGACUGGCGGUUAUGCCGCCGACUUUGGAGACACUUCUCUGCUCCAGAAGCAUCGCCCCGAUACCAUGGGACUUGCCACCACCAACGGCACCCACGCCACUGGUGACGGCCAGAAGAUGGUCAUGGCCAUUGGCGGCAAUGGCAUCGACAUGGACAAGGUGCAGGUCCACCCCACUGGCCUGGUCGACCCCAAGGACCCUGGAUCCAAGUGGAAGUUCCUGGCUGCCGAGGCUCUCCGUGGUGAGGGUGGCAUCCUCCUCAACGGCGAUGGUGACCGAUUCUGCGAUGAGCUCGGCCACCGCGACUAUGUCUCCGGCAUGAUCUUCAAGGAGAAGGACAAGGGCAAGUACCCCGUCCGCCUUAUCCUCAACUCCAAGGCCUCCAAGACACUCGACUUCCACACCCGCCAUUACUCUGGCCGUGGUCUCAUGCGAAAGAUGACGGGCCAGGAACUGGCCAAGGAGAUUGGCUGCACUCCUGACCAUCUCCAGAAGACCUUCCAGACGUACAACUCCAUUGCCGAUGGCAAGCAGAAGGACCCUUGGGGCAAGAAGUUCUUCCACAACAUGCCCGUGGAUAUCAACGACGACUUCCACGUUGCUCUUAUGGAGCCCGUCCUCCACUUCACCAUGGGUGGUAUUGAGAUCAACGACAAGGCACAGGUCCUCAACCAGGAGAAGAAGCCCUUUGACGGUCUCUUCGCCUGUGGCGAGUUGGCUGGUGGUGUUCACGGCGCCAACCGUCUGGGUGGCUCUUCGCUGCUCGGCUGCGUCGUUUACGGCCGUGUUGCUGGUGACUCGGCUAGCAACUACCUCUUCCAGCAGGCCCUUUCCGGCUCGGCCGCUGGGGCCGCCGCCCAGCGUCUGGGACAAAUCUCCCUUCACCUCGAUCCCUCCGCCCCUGGCAAGCUGACCGUCGAGUGGGCCAACGGUGGCUCGGGCUCCGGUGCUGUUGCCGUCCAGCAGCAGGCCGGCGCCGCUCCUGCUGCUGCCGCUCCCGCCGGUGAGUCCGCCGCCAAGGCCAAGCCCGACCCCAAGGCCUUCAAGAUCCCCGAGACCGAAUACACUAUGGAGGAGGUGGCUAAACAUAACAAGGAGGGCGACCUGUGGGUGGUAGUUAAGGGCGUCGUCAUGGACCUCAGCAACUGGCUCGACGAGCACCCCGGCGGUCCCCAGGCCAUUAAGAACUUCAUGGGCCGCGACGCCACCGAGGAGUUUGAGAUGUUGCACGACGACGAAGUUAUCCCCAAGUACGCCCCCGAGCAGGUCAUUGGCCGUGUCAAGGGCCAGGAGCCAACGCUCGAGUUCUAA